UUCUUUUCUUUUUUCUUUUCAUGUUGAGGUUUUAAGCUAAACGACGCCGCUUGUCUGCUUUGUCCGGUUGAACAAGAGUUCGCAGAGAAACCCUAGAUAGCAAAAAUCCCCAAACUUCCUGCGAUGGCAAUUGCACGGACUGGAGUGUACGUCGACGACUAUCUUGAAUACGCAAGCACAUUGCCUGCUGAGCUCCAGAGGCUCCUCAACACCAUCCGAGAACUCGACGAACGCUCCCAAUCCAUGAUACACCAGACGAGGCAGCAGACUAAGUACUGUUUGGGAUUGUCUUCACAGAGCUCAAAGAAAUGGAACAAUAACCAUAGCUAUAAUAACAAUGAAGAAGAUGAAGCGGCAAUUGAGAAAAUCCGAAAAGAAAUCGAAGCAAAUCAAGAUAAUGCAUUGAGUCUGUGUACUGAGAAGGUUUUGUUGGCGCAACAAGCUUAUGACCUGGUAAGCUUCUCUUUUAACCAUAUUGUCUGAUGGGUUUCCUUGAAU